CGUUUGUAUAUUAUAAUUCUUCCAUGACUUUCAAGUGUAAAUUAGAUUCUCAUUAUCGUAUACCCACUCCUGUAUUAUCUAUACUUGUUGGCAAACUUCCAAAGAAUAACACAACUGAAUCUACUCCUACUGUCAUUGAAGAUGUCACUGAGCAAAUAGUUUCAGAAGAAAAUUUGAAACAAUCUAGCCAAACUGAUACCUGGGACAAAGAUUGGAGUUGGGGGAUAGAUGAAGUAAGUGAAUUAAUUGCUAUUAUUUUGACUUGGUAACUUGACUAUCAUAUUAUUAGGAUAAACCUUCAACAACUUCACCUAUACCAGCAACAGCAUCUUCCUCACCAUCAUUACAGCAUGUAUCUACUUCUUCUUCUACUUUGAAUACACUUUCUUCCUCACCCGCCAUUCCUUCUACAAUGACAACACCAACUACAGUUCCAGUCAAUUUUUCACCACCAGCAUCAACAAGCAUAACAGCACAACCAGAAACAUCUUCUUCAUCUUCACCUGGACCUAUUCCACCACCUAUUGGAAAAGAAUCAUAUUUGGUAUCUGCCUCUGCAGCUGGGAAAUAUAUCGCCAUGGCCUAUCACCGUAAAUUUGUUUUAGUUGCAUUGGAUCCUGAUCAAGAAGAAUAUCUUGUUAUCGGCCAAGGUUCUGGAUGCUCGGAUCAUCAACAUCAAGGAUCAUCAAAGGAACGUAUUACCAGUAUAUUAUGUUUACCCUUAUUUGUGCCUUCGACUAGGAAAAAUCAAAUAUUCAUCAUGAUUGGCUAUAGUACUGGAUGGUUACGCGUAUUCUCUUCUACUGGGACUCUUUUGACAGCGCAAUUAUUAGAAACAUCACCAUUGAUUUCUAUAAAAUUACGAACUCCACCUCCACCAUCUACAUCAUCAACUCAAACAUCAUCGACAUUACCAACGAAACAACAACAAAAGCAAUUAAAGCAAAAACCAAGCAAUUAUUUCAAUGUUCAACAUACAACACACCAUCAAGAUGACGAAGAAAUCACAUUAUUAUUCGAUAACAAUAAAGUGAUUAGCAUUGAUGGGCAAAGUUUAUGGAUGGUUUUACGUGUAUGUGAUGGACAACGUGAAAGUGGAAUUGAUGCUUCAAAAAUGCAAACGGCGUUUACAUAUAAGAAAUGGCAACUCGAUAAGCAAGAAAAAGUGCGCGAUAUCAUUUCUAUGGGUCCUUCUACUUUAUCUUUGACAAGUGCUAGUGGUAUUCGAAUGGGAUCCUCAUGGUGGUGGUGGUUAGCAGCAACAGCAGGAGGAACAAUCACUAGUAGCGAUCCAGCGGUAACAAUGACAGCAGCAGCACUUCAAUCGAUCUUCUCACCGGGAUCAACUUCUGUACAGCAACAACAACAGCAGCAACAACAACAACCAGCAGAAGCUACGUGUAGAUACAUUGGUGUGGGAUCGAAUCCAAUGAUCAGUUUUUAUGCAACUCAUGAAACAAGUCGUCCUUUUAUGUCUGCAGUAUCGAUGGCAUCUUAUAUGGUAUCACGAGUAGCAUCACCAGUAUUUUCAUUUGCGAAAUCAUGGUGGUCAGGUACAACAAACAAUUCAACGGGAGGUAAUCUAUCAGCAUCAUCAUCAUCAUCUUCAACAGCAUCUUCAUCGUCAUCAUCCUAUCAGCAAACUCCUUUUGUACCUGAUAUGCCAACACCACCUCAAGUCAUUGAACCUUCUACAACAAUUCCUUCUUUACUUCAUCUAUCUGAUCAUGGUCGAACAAUUCAAUCUAUUGUGGUAGCACCUCCUUUACAACAUAGUCAACACCGUACAUUAGCAGCAACGAGCGAUGCUUUAGGCCGUGUGAUUUUAUGGGAUAUUCAACAAGGUCAUAUGAUUCGAAUGUGGAAAGGUGUAAGAGAUGCACAUUGUGGAUGGAUUCAAUAUGAACAACAAGAUGAAGGACAACGUCGUUUACCUUUAUUUUUGGUCAUUUAUUCUGCUCGACGUGGUUUACUCAAGGUAUUCCAAACAAGGCAUGGUGGUGACGGAGGAAAUCAAUCGUUCAAUCAACAUCAUCAACAAAAACCCAUUGGUGUAUUCCAUGUAGGACCAGGUUGGCAUCUUGUGGCAUGUGGCAGGGAACCAUUAGGAAGUAGUAUGGUCAGUAGUGAACGUAGAAAGGCAGCUAUGUUACUUGGUGAAGAAUGUGGGAUUCUAUCUACUUGUUUAUUGAUUAGUCCGCAUGGUGAAGUACGCAAAGUUAGUAUAUACCCUUCGUAGUUAUAUAUAUAUCUUCUUCUUCAAUUUAUUCAUCUAGACAAAAUAAAAAAUAUUUUUUGAUUUAUUUCAUGGAUACCUCUGUGUAUGUUAGGGUACAUAUGUUUUCAAUAGGCG